AUGCGGCAUGGAUGCUCGGCCACGUCGUCGCGGUCCGCCGCCCCGAGCAGCGGCGGCUCCACGGCGCAGGCAGCCCGGCGCGGCGCGCGGACCUUGUGCCGCGUGUGGACGCGCCCCACUCCUGACCGCAACGAGGAUUGGGUGAAGCCGUCCUACAUCCCGCAGCCGCAGCAGCAGCCCGGCUUUGCGCCUCGGGAGGAGCCGCGGCCGCUGUACAGCCCGGCGCCAGAGUUCAGGCCAGCCGAGGCGCCGGACAAGCAGACGGAGAUGCCAGAGGGGCCGAAGAUGCCAGAGCGGCGACCAGACCCCAUCCCCGCGGGCAAUCCCAAGGAGAAGCCCUCGGAGGGUGGUGGCGACCAGAAGCGAGAGGCGCCACCUGCGCCCUCUCCUGACAAGAAGUGA